ACCCCAAACACGCGAAUGUCUCCACCACGGAGCUCCGGUUAUCAGUUCUGCCUUCCCUCUAGGCCAGCAGUGCCAUUCUGCCCCGCCUCGGCCGAGCUCUCUCUCCACGGCUCCCCACCCCAGCCCCCGUCCUUGCCCGCCCUUCCCGCCGCCUCGUUCCGCCCUCGCCUUCGCGUUUCCUGUCCGAGCGGAGGAGGUUUGGCCCUGCGGCGCUACCGUCUCCCAGCUGCUGCGUUGAGCAUCAUGGCGGUGUCUCUCUCAAUGUCAGCGGCGCUGAGGGGCCUCGUCGCCAGGAGCGGUGCGGCUGCGGUCCGCCCGCCGCCGCCCAGGUCACUGAGCACUUCCACAUGGCGGCUGGCGCAGAACCAAACUCGAGACACGCAACUCAUCACAGUUGAUGAAAAUUGUUUAUGUUUUUUUUUUAAACUGGACAUCACCUUAUCACCUUUUACUUGCAUUUCAGAAGGAUCAAGAACAGGUGGAAGAGGGGAUAUGGAUAUCUCUACUUUAACUGGUGUUCCAGAUGAGCACAUCAAAACCAGAAAAGUUCACAUUUUUGUUCCAGCACGUAAUGCAAUGCAGUCAGGAGCUAACAAUACAAAGAAAUGGAAGAUGGAAUUUGAUAACAGGGAGCGCUGGGAGAACCCUUUAAUGGGCUGGGCAUCUACAGCUGAUCCUUUAUCCAACAUGGUUCUUACUUUCUCUACUAAAGAAGAUGCCAUUGCUUUUGCUGAAAAAAAUGGCUGGAGUUAUGAUGUCGAAGAGAAGAAGAUGCCAAAACCUAAAUCCAAGUCUUACGGUGCAAAUUUUUCUUGGAACAAAAGAACAAGAGUGUCUACAAAAUAGGCUGGCAUUGGGUGUGUGACUGGGAAUAAAGUCAGCUGUGCUGUAUUUAUAGUCCAUGUAUAAUACAUCUCUUAAUCUCCUAAUAAAUUUGACCUUUAAACUACA